CAAUGUUUGUAGAUAUUGGGUUAGGUCGUGAGUCAGCACUUAUUCUGACAUACAUAUACGCCCCGAUACUGAGGGUAGAAUCACAGGUUGUGCGAGUAGCAAGUGUAGACCUUGUCUUCUGUUUCAUUACUUAGCUGAGUUUGUUAACCUCCAAGAUGCCGAGCUACAAGGUAUAUUAUUUUAACGCACGAGGACGUGCAGAGAUUACCCGUCUGGCGCUUGCUGCUGCUGGUGUGGAAUAUGAAGACAUCAGAUUUAAAGACCGUGAUGAUUGGCUUAAUAACUACAAGCAGCUGAGCCCAACCGGACAGAGCCCAUUCAUGGAGGUGGACGGGAAGAAGAUUGGUCAGAGUUUGGCUAUGGCGCGUUAUGUGGCACGAGAACACGGGCUUUAUGGAAAUAGUACCAUGGACGGUGCCAUGAUCGACCAGGUCCUUUACACUUUAGAGGAUAUGACCAAGUCUCUUAUCGACUGGCAUUUCGAGCAAGAUGAAGCAAAGAAGGCAGAGAAAGAAAAGAAGUUAACUGAUGAAACACUGCCUGGAUUCAUGCAACGCCUUAAUAAACUUUUAAAAAGCAACGACGGCGGCAAAGGAUACUUUGCAGGAGACAAGCUCUCCAUUGCCGAUCUAGCAGUCUUCGAUCAAUGUUCAGGGAUGGUGGUUAAGUUCCCCAAAUGCAUGGCAAAUUGCGACGAAUUGCAAGCAUUCCUUGGCCGCAUUAAAGCUCUCCCAAAGAUAGCUGAUUGGUUAGCGAAGAGACCGCAAACGGAGUUUUGAAUUCCAUUUUAACGAACUGCAUUGUCACUUGUGACCAACCCGCUGCAUCACAAACUGUUCUGUUAGGCUUUGGGCCACAACCCAUAUUUCGGCAAAUUAUAACCAAAAAGGGGACAAAUUUUGAUAGCGAUUUUCUAUUUUACUAAAAUCUGACCCCUAUGGAAAAUGGGGCGUGGUAUGGCAAUGAAUCGCAUAACAUUAUCUACCUUCCAACUUAACCAACCAUAGUUAUAGGAUUGGGACUUUUCCUUCUUAAUCCGGGGUGUGUAAAGAUUUAGCCAAUUUAGCUUUUUGCUUAAUAAGAAGGAAAGUGGAAUUGCCUAUAAUUUAAAGAAAAAAUUCAUAUUGCAGUCCUGCUAAAAUGAUGGCAUAUUAUUAAAAUUACAGGCACAAUUGUAAUCUUAAAUUGUUAUCCCAACAAUUUAAAAGCUGAUACAAAACUAUUUAUAAAGCUGACUGUAGCAAUGGUAAACAAUCUCCAAGUGGCAGAAAUCGAACAAAUAUCUUGAGUGGGGUACAAGGCUGUUAAAGGCAUAUAUAUAUAAUAAAUCGGAGAAAAAUAAUAUUCUACGUGUACUGGA